CGGAGCGUCUGCGACCCUUCCUGCAAGCGCGGGAGUGUCACUCUGUGGACUUCACGUGCAUCUUGAGCCCGGGGUCGAGGAGGAGCCUCUCCAUCACCGGUUUUGGGGACAAAGGCUGCGGUGCUACAGGGCUGCUGAAGGAGCCGGAGAGGGGGGUAGCGUGGGCGGCCCCCAUGGAAACGUCAUCAAAGCGCACCGGAAGCGGCCCCAGCAUGGAGCGUGCGAUCUACCACGCCCUCUCUCAGAAAGAGGCCAGAGAGCUCGAUGUUCAGCACCCCGGCACCCAGCGGGCCGAGGCCUUUGUGAGGGCCUUCCUGAAGCGCAGCACGCCCGGCAUGAGCCCGCGCGCCCGCGAGGACCAGCUGCAGCGCAAGGCCGUGGUGCUGGAGUACUUCCCCCGCCGGAAGCGGAAGGAGGCGAAGAAGAAGUCCAGGGGCCUCUCUGCCAGGCAGCGGAGGGAGCUGCGGCUCUUCGACAUCAAACCUGAGCAGCAGAGGUACAGCCUCUUCCUCCCUCUGCACGAGCUCUGGAAGCAGUACAUCCGGGACCUGUGCAACGGCCUCAAGCCAGACACGCAGCCGCAGAUGAUCCAGGCCAAGCUCUUAAAGGCAGACCUCCACGGCGCCAUCGUUUCAGUCACCAAAUCCAAAUGCCCCUCCUACGUGGGCGUCACGGGCAUCCUGCUCCAGGAAACGAAGCACGUUUUCAAGAUCGUCACCAAAGAGGACCGCCUGAAAGUCAUCCCCAAACGAGACUGCGUGUUCUCCGUGGAAACCGAUGGCUUCCUCUCCUACAUUUACGGGAGCAAGUUCCAGUUCCGGUCCAGCGAGCGGUCUGCGAAGAAGUUCAAAGCGAAGGGGACCAUUGACCUGUGAGCGUCGGCCGCUGGAGGCGGCCACUGAGGGCGGGAACCGCAGCCCCCAGACACCCAGCCCUGCUCGGAUGGACGGCGGCCGGCCGGCCGGCCCCCUGGGGACACCCCCGCCAGGAGAAGCCCGGCCCCAAACGGCUGAUCAUCCGGGAAGGAACAGCCCGUGCUGGGUGGGGUCGGGGAGCGGGGCCGGGGUUUCCAUCGCUCCCCGGAGAGGAGAGGCCGCAGGAGUCACCGGCCGGUGCUGCUCUAGCGACGGGCGUGGGUUGUGUUUCUCCCUCCACUCUCUGUGCUGGCUGGGCCGUGUGCAGGACAGUAAAAUGCACCUGUGGACCUGG